AGAAUUAGUUCCAAUAGCUCACUUGUAAAAUCAUGAUCAAGUAUUUGGCUCUUCUUGUUUUUCUUGGCGUAGCCGUCGCUGAUGCGUACCGUGGAGGUUACGGUUACGGAGGUCGUGGCUAUGGAGGUCGUGGCUAUGGAGGUUACGGCUAUGGUGGCCGUGGAGGUUAUGGCUAUGGUGGAUACAGAGGAAGGAGGUCUGCUGAUGCUGAUCCCGAAGCUGAGGCUGUUGCCGCUCCCGAUGCUUCUGCAGAUGCUGAACCCGGAUAUGGAUAUGGACGUGGUUAUGGAUAUGGUGUAGGCUACGGACAUGGAUAUGGCGGAUAUGGCUAUGGAGGAUACAGAGGCAAGAGGUCCGCUGACGCCGAGGCUGUUGCCGAGCCAGGAUAUGGCUAUGGCGGAUACAGAUACGGUCACGGAGGAUAUGGUCAUGGAUAUGGCUAUGGUGGAUACGGAUAUGGCGGAUACAGAGGCAAGAGGUCCGCUGAUGCCGAUGCCUACGGAUACGGAUAUGCCCGUGGUUAUGGAGGAUAUAGCCGAGGCUACGGAGGAUACGGUCGAGGAUAUGGUGGAUACGGAUACUACGGAUAAAUGUUAAAUUCAUGUGAGAGUUUUGGAAACUACAGAUCAAUUUCAAUCUAAAAUAAAUUAUAAAAUCUGAAA